AUGCAAAGUUCAGGUUCGUUCUUGAGGCAGUUAAGUGGAAAAGAAGGAUGGAAAUCAAGAUCAAGGAGGUGGGAUGGUGGUGGAAACAACCGGAGUUGCGGCGGUGGUGUGUGGAAGGAAAGUCUGAAACAAAUGGAGGGACUUAACAAUAUGUAUAGAAAUGAGACUGGAAUGCAGUAUGGAAUAAAGAAAAGAGUAAUGGUGGUGGUGGAUCAAUCUUCACAUUCAAAACAUGCAAUGAUGUGGGCACUUACUCAUGUUACUAAUAAGGGUGAUAUUCUCACUCUUCUUCACAUUGUCCCUUCUUCUUGCAAAGGCUCCGCCGCCGGCGGUGAUGGUGGUAACUCUCCUCACCUUGCCACCACCCUUGGCUCACUUUGUAAGGCUUGUAAGCCUGAGGUUGAAGUAGAAGCAUUAAUGAUCCAAGGUUCAAAGUUGGGCACCGUCAUGAGCCAGGUGAAGAAGCUUGAGGUGUCUGUGCUAGUCCUAGGUCAGAAGAAACCCUCCCCAUUACUCAAUUGCCUUUGCCUGAAGAGCAGCACAGAGGAAUUUGUAGAACAGUGCAUAAAUGUGUUGGAUUGCUUGACAAUUGGAGUAAGGAAGCAAAGCAAAGGAGUUAGUGGAUACCUUAUCAGCACCAGAUGGCAUAAGAAUUUCUGGCUUUUGGCUUAA